AUGAGUGACGAAGUGAGCGCCAAAACAAUAAAGAAAACCCAGGAGUUGUUGGCAACCGUCAUCAAGAAACCACAACCAACUGAGAAACUCCUGAAGAAACCACCUUUCCGAUUUUUGCACGACGUCGUAAACAAUAUCAUCAAAACCACCAAAGCAUUUGAUGGCCUGUUCAACGCCGACGAGCUCAGCUCUGAGAAUGUCAAGGAGAAGGAGGCGAAAGUUUGCUUCUUGCAAAAAAUCAUAGAUGCCGUAGGUUUCGCGAGCGGUUCCGCGCUUUCGGUGCGACCUUCGAAAAUCGUCGCGGGUCAUGAGGCUGAAAAGACAAACGAGUUCCUUCAGGCUUUGGCUAAAGUUGUCCAGAAAAAGUUGGACACGAAAGAUGCUGUAUCCAAAGUACUCGCAGGGGAAAAGCCUCCGAAGGACGGGAAGAAAGACAGGAAAGACAAGUCCGCGUCAAAGACGAAGGAUUCGAAAUCAAAGCACGACGAGAGUGUGAAACGCCCGAAAGAAAACAAGGAAUCCAAUGACGACACUCAGCGAGCGAACGGGACCACCUCAGGUGGCAAGGAAAACAAAGAUAGGGAGCUCAAGGAUAGAAGCGCUUCGAAAAAUGGUCGCAAAAAGUCAUCGGGAUCAAGGAAGAAAUCUCCACCGGUUGAAGCCGACAUUGAGGAAACACCUGCUCCACUGACCGAAGAAUCAAUGGCCAAGCCACAGAAACUCGAGGCGAAGAGUGAUGACAACUCGAUUGAACUCAAGAACGAACCUCGACCUUCUGACAUAAGCAGUGCUCCAAUCGAGGAACAAGCUCCCGCGCCACCUGCGGAUCCCCCGCCGGAGCCCUCUGCCCCAGAAGAGCCCACGGAGACUGAUCUGGCUGCCGCUCGCUCACUUUUGCGGUCCGCUCGCCCAGGGACCUCGAGACGACGACCGAUGUCAUCGAUUAAAAAGUCCACUGGCGAACUCGGAGAAGAACCGACUGCAAGACCAACGACAGCGCGAGCUAUAGCCAACGUUAUUGUUGAUAUCACGAAGGAGAAUGCCGACGAAGAAGACGACACUUUCGUGCAGAUGGACGAAGAAGACGCACUGUCCGGACUCCACGACGGAGUUCCGAGCGCUCCCGAUGAGGCCGUGAGCGAAGAGCAAGAAGGCAUUUUGGUUAAGCAGCUCCUGGAGACCAAACAGCAACUGGAGAAAGGGGACAGUCCGGGGAGUCGUAUUCAAAGUCCCCUGAUAAAGGAAAGUAAUUACUUGGCGCGAGAUAUCAAUGCUAUCGAGCGUAUCCGAGAGCACAUCCAGGGAGUGUCUCGAGGGGCGCUGCCCAUGGGUCGCCUCCUCGACCUCCUAUACGAGGAUUUGGACUCGAUGAUGUCGGAACUCAGCACCUGGAAGCAGGAGUACAAGAGGUGCAACAAGGAAAUAGAGCGCGAGAUGAGACGUGUCACUCGCUUUCUGAACAGGCUCGAUGAUUCCUCCCAGCAAGAGGAAUUGGAGCGGCUUGACAAGGACAUCACGAAGGAACGCGAGACCAUUCAUCUCCUGAAGUACGAUAUACAGCAAAGUAACCAGAAGUUGAAUAAGAUCCUGUCAGGAUUCAUGUCCAAGACCUGA